CGAUGGACAAGUAGGCUGGCAGAGAAGGCGCCCAAACACUCUAGCACCAACUAAGGUGGCAUAGGAGUAUUAUUCCAGCGCAACUCUGAUAUAGCGCCAUUGUUGUGAGAGGGACUACAUAUUGAAGAAUAAUGAGACACCUGUCAAGCAUUCAUGAGUCUUAUCUCUAGAAGUGACGUGGUUCCAUGGCUGUCUCAGAAUAUGGUCGCUCCAUGAUUUGGUGGUUCUAUUGAUCACACGGUGGUUUUAUUUUUUUUCUUUCGAGAUUGAUCCGAUGUUCAAUAUAUUGCUUCACCCAGUUUGGACAAUAGUUGAGGGAGUCAGGAUGGUAUAGUCAUUGCACAAUGCGGGCUUGGUCUUUUUUGUACUCUAAAUCUCCGCCACCCUCUCAUGACUACUGUACUCUCAUCCCACAACUACUGCUUCCUCGUCCAACAACUACUACUCUCUUCCAACAACACAAAUAUCACGACUACAGUAUUCGAUCAUUGUUCCCUUACCUGGAAAAACACAUCUCGACGCCUCUUCUUGUAACCAUGCGAGUUACAGAACGCAGUUCGCUUAUGCGACUUAUCCAAGACGUACCACUUUGGAGUUCCCGAAUCGGGGACCUUGCAACCCUUCAACAGAAUCAUUCAGAGUCUUUCCUGGUAGCCCUGGAUAUUGAGAGAUCGAGUCAACCCGCCGAAGCCGAGGGAUCUCGAAAGCGUUGCGGAGACAUUAGCGAAAUUGGAAUAGCAGUCCAACGUUUGAACGGUCCAAUCACUCAACCAUACACGGGCAUCAAGCAGCUAUAUGAUGAACGCGGUGCAGACGCAUUCACUGUCCGGAUCCGAGAAAGAACCAAGUUACCAAAAGAGAAGGCGAUUGGAGAGGUUAUUGAGAGUAACCCUAACAACGUUGCAACUGCAAUCAAGGGCAUUCUUUCGAAAUAUAAUGGGGACCGAAUACUUGUUGGAUUCGACCUUCAUCACGAGUUCAAAUGGAUAGUAGAAGACUGCCCGUCUAUUAUUCCCUACUUCACAGCGUGGUUAGACGUACAAGAAAUGGCGUCUCAGCGAUGCAAAGAAUUCGAGCCAGCUAAGCUGCCCCCGUCUGUACCUGGACUUUCGAAUGUCUUGAAGGCUAUGAACAUACAAGACGAACGCUGCCACAUGCGCACUCAUUAUGCCGCAAAUGAUGCAUUACGAUCUCUGAUAGUACUGUGUGGUCUGGCAUCUGAUCCUUCUCUGCUUUCCGACAUGUAUUCAAAACCAGACACUGGUAAUGUCUCACGGUAUUCACAACUCAUAUGCAGCACUAAAGGCACCUACCACCCAUUUAUGGCCAGCAUUAGUUCUAUCGAUGGCGAAAAGCUUCCUCCAUGGUCACCCAGAGCCGUUUCCCAGCAUUUUGCAACGUACUCUGGACUAAAGGCCGUUGGGUUAAAUUGGAGGAGGGAAGUAGAUAAGAUGUUAGGCGUGAGAUUCUGGCAGCUGUCAUUUCAUAAUAUCGAAUCUCUGAAUGAGUUCAUUGCUGAGGUUAACGGGUCAACCAUCGAUGGAACUAAGCUUUUGGUCACCCAAGUUCGAAGAGCGCGGAGAGCGGACAGGCAGAUGCAUAAAGGUUGACAUAUGAAAUGAAGUUAUGUGUUCUUCAAUCUUUACCUAAGCCAUAAGCACCUACUUCAUCUAAUGACCUUUUGUGCUCCUGAGUAAGCGACUUUUCAUUGCCUCUCCCGUGGAUCUUUAAGUGAGAAGUAUGUGAAAGAAUGGGAUGUUGUGGCAUUGAUAUACCUCCCAAUGUCUUGCUUUCACAGUUUGCUGGAGGCACUAGGUAUCAAUAGAAAGGUGAUUUAUGUAGGUAGUUGCUAUCUAUAGUUAUACCGUACACAUUCUUGCUUGUAGGUAUAGAGUCGGUGUUGGUAAGGCUGAUCACAUCCUAAAAGUACCACAGGUCUAUGAUGCGUUUAGGCAUCAAC